CUCAGUCUCUGACACAUCCAGCCAACACUGCCUUUUCCAGAAGGGUCGCCAAGACUUCCAGGCAAUUCAGUUUCUCAGACUCAGUGCCAGCUCAAGGAUCUCACAGCAGCAGGCCAGAAUCUGGAGGCGAUUUCAUGGAGAAAGACCAACCUCCGAGACGGCAUCACUGUGAGACAUCCGACCAAGACUCAGAUGAGCGACCCAGAGAGCAAAGCCGUCCUGGUGAGGAGUCCAAAGACUCUGUGGAAGAAGAUGCACCUAAAUGGCCAAGCCAACCUGCCAAACCCACUGCUUAUGUGAAACCCAUGAAGCGUGAGACCUCUGAACUUGCAGAACAUCAUGCUAGGAGAAGCGACCAAGCUGCAGAACAUCAUGCUAGGAGAAGCGACCAAGCUGCAGAACAUCAUGCUAGGAGAAGCGACCAAGCUGCAGAAGGUCAUGCAAGGAGAAACGACCAAGCUGCAGAAGGUCAUGCAAGGAGAAACGACCAAGCUGCAGAACAUCAUGCAAGGAGAAAUGACCAAGCUGCAGAACAUCAUGCUAGGAGAAAUGACCAAGUUGCAGAAGGUCAUGCUAGGAGAAGCAACCAAGCUGCAGAACAUCAUGCAAGGAGAAGCGACCAAGCUGCAGAAGGUCAUGUGUUUGUGCAGAUGGUCCAGCAGCCACCCAUGGUUUACAGGUACUGGGCUGGAAUGGAGUACUGGACCGCUGUCUCCUACCCCUGCCGGGUCUUCAUUCCCCUGGCCAGGCCGGGCUUGUACUUUGUGCAGCCCUCUUUUAUGAUCUAUGUGUUCAGGACCCCCAGGUCCCUCACCUACAAUGCUCAGUGA